GGAUAAAUGUCUCCCUGACAGCCUGCACGUUUCGAAUUUCGUUUUCGUUGUACUCUAAGUGAAUAAGCUCAGUGGCAUUUGAUAAUACAUGCAUGUAGAGAGCAUAAAACGAAGUUACGAUGAAUUAAUAUACAGCGGCGUGUAACAUUGACUAAAACCGGUGCCUGACGAAAGCAGCCUGAGAAUUAUCACGGAAAAUCAUGGCUGAGGGCGAGGAUCCUUCACCAAGCAUGGCAGACGAAGAGGACGACGUGGUGGUCAUUCGGAUGGCAGCCAGGAAUUCACGACCUCGAAGACGCUCUUCAGGUCACCUUCCAUCCGAGUCCCUCUCGUCCUCGACCCACGGCCUCGAGAGCAUCAGCGAGAGCGAGACCUUGAGUCCGAGCCCGACUUCGAAAACGAUAAGUCCGUUCUCCGUCUGCCGCCGCGAGUUCUUCAAGUUCGCCGGCAGGAGGUGGACCCCGAGCACCUGGUGGGUGUACGAAGGAGUAUUCGAUCCCUUUCAAGUUUUCGAGGUUGAGCACGAGUCAUGCCUGGACUUCGAGAUCACAAUCAAGCGAGGCGAAUCCAUCACCAAAGGCAGUACAUUGAAAGAUCUCAUGGACACUCCAGACCCUUACGUCAUCCUAAAGAUCCCCGGCUGCUCCAAUUCCUCCAAGAGAACUAGUCAUGUUGAUAACUGCACGAAUCCCCUUUGGAAUGAGACCUUUCACUUUUAUUUGGACCCGGGAAAGGAACACAUUUUGAGGGUUUUGUUAAUGGAUGCUAAUUACACGGUGGAUGAAACCCUCGGUGAAGAUUCAUUUUGCGUCAAUGAACUUACCAAUGACGUCACAGUGGAACACACAUUCAUCUUCCCGGGAGGUUCAAAGGUUCACACGGAGCUCAGACUACAGAAAAACAAAACACCAGACUUGCGGUUCUCUUUGGCGCUGUGUCAGGCAGAGAAGACCUUUCUACGAAGUCGCCGCAGGAAGGUUCUGGAGGGAAUGCAGCGCAUAUUGGGUGCCAAAGCUCCAAGCACUGAGAAACAGGUUCCAAUCUUAGGCAUCCUGGGAUCGGGCGGAGGCUUCCGAGCCAUGAUGUGCAUGAGCGGGGCUGUGAAGGCGCUGCAGGAGACGGGAAUCCUGGAUUGUGCAACUUACAUCGCGGGACUCUCGGGGUCAUCCUGGUACAUCUCAACUCUCUAUGCCCACGAUAAAUUCCCGAACGUAACACACGACCAGAUUCAGAAAGAACUCCGGGCAUCAGUAACGAGUGAUUGGAAAUGGAAGCUGCUCAACUCUGCCUCUUACGUCACCAGUAUGAUCGCCAAGUACAAACGAGGCCAACCCGUCUCUUUCACAGACUUCUUUGGACAUCUACUGGGUGAUGUCCUCUUAAAAGGGGCCAAGCACAAAAAGCUGACAGACACACAGAAGAUUUUGGUCCAGGGUAUAGUGCCUAUGCCUCUCUACACAUGCCUCCAUGCCAAGCGAAAUGUCUCGUGCCGGUCUUUCUCGGAAUGGGUAGAAUUUUCACCCUAUGAGAUUGGCAUCGCUAAGUAUGGUACUUUUAUGAAAUCCGAGGAUUUUGGAAACAAGUUUAUUGUUGGGAAGAAAAUCAAGCAUUUUGAAGAACUUCCCUUACAUUUUCUGCAAGGUGUGUGGGGAAGCGCCUUUACCAUCCUCAUUAAGAGGUUAGUGAUGGAAGGUGGAAAGAAGGACAUUGUGCAGAUUAUGAGAGAUGCACAGAAAGAAAGUGAUUUACAUGAUAAGAUCGACGACCUACACAGCUCAGGAGACGACUCAGAGACAGAGGACGAAGAGGACAUCGAGGGCCAUGAUGACAAGGAGAUCGACGACGAAGAAGAGAUCAGCAUGAUGAAGCUGAGCCUCACAGACCAGCCGGCCGCCGAGGGGGAAGCCUCAGCCGCUGGCGCCGGCAAGAGCGGGCAUGCUGAGGCCACGGAAGAGAGCCGCAGAGUCUCGGUGGCUGCCAUGGAGACCAGACCUCAGCCCGAACAGAAGCCCGCCAGGAAGAGUUUGAACAAGAUUGCGAAGUCGAUGGAUAGUCUCCUCGGCAACAAAGCCCAGAGCACAGAACAGGAGGCAUCAGAGAGCCGAGACAUCUUGCCCAAAGCUUUCAGUUUUGACACGACGAAGAGGAAAGUCUCCAGGGACGUCCCCAGGAAGUUCAGCACCGAGAGUGACCCUGGAGUUAGGACGGAGUUUCAGACGCAGGGAGCUUCGAGGCUCGUUCGCCAGGGGGCCAUCAAAACGGCGCGUCUCAACAAGGCGAAGAAAGUCGACGAGAAGGAGGAGGCGAAUCCAGGGCAGAAAGUGUGGGCUGAGAGGAGAAAAACUCUACGGAAGACCAGGGUUGAGAAAAAGGCAGGUUUAUGGGAAGGCCUGAAGCAGAACAUCAUGUUAGGCACCAACAUACUUAACUCCCGAGCCGGAAGAGCAGGAGAGGUACUGAACCCCUUCCGAGGACUUUCCCUUAGACAUUCAUUCCCAAUCUCUCCUUUUGCAACAGAUGGAAUGGAUGAGGAAGAUCAGGUUGAUUCGGAUAACUUCGGCGCAGGCUGUAGGUACGAACCGCUAGAUAACAAAGCCAAAAAGUUGUUCAUCGUAGACUCCGGCUUGGCUUUCAACUCUCCAUAUCCACUGCUCUUGAGGCCACAGAGAGCCGUUGAUAUAUACCUCUCCUUCGACUUCUCCCAGAGGCCUGAGGACAAAGCACAGCCCUUCAAGGAACUGCUGUUGGCUGAGAGAUGGGCAAUACAAAACAAGGUUCCUUUCCCACCCAUAGAAAAACAGGUUGCGCAGUAUGAGAAUGAAGAAGUUCGUGAGUGUUAUGUGUUCAAACACCCAACUGACCACUUCUGUCCCGUUAUCUUGCAUUUUCCAUUAGUCAAUAACAACUUCAGGAAGUUCAAAGCUCCAGGUGUACCUCGCGAAACCGAAGAAGAAAUGGAGUUCGCCGACUUCCCUAUCUUCGACGACCCCAACAAUUCCUUCUCAUCCAUGAACUUCGUGUACGAACCCGAGCAGUUUGACCGGCUGACAAAACUCGUAGAAUUCAACACCCUCUUCAGCAUAGACACCAUUAAGAAAGAGCUCGAGGAGAUCACCGAGAGGAAAAAGAGCUUGACCUCGAAGACGCUGACCUUCAGUGAUGUGGUGAAGACGGUUAAACGUGUGUCGAGUUUCCAAAAUAAGAACCGCGGUAGAGAACUGAAGCUAACUGUGUCUCAGCAGAACGAGGAUCUGUUGAAAAAGUAUGUGAAUGUGAACAGACUUGCUGAGGCUGACAGUUCAGACGAAGAAGAAUUCACUGAUGCUCUUCAAGAAUUGUGAGAAAUGAGGGUUGAAGAAGAGAUAUUUUUGUAAUAUUAUUUAUAGUGAUUGAGAACUCAUGUUGAUGAGCAAAGUGACCAGUGUCUUAAGCCCAUGUCUCACCGUGGUAAAUGGUAGUGCAGUUCCUUUUAUUUUCCACUUUUCAUUCUCCCUUGUCUUCUUUAUCACGUGCCCUCUACCCACUCUUCUCCAUACUACCAUUCCCGUCAUCAGUCGUAAAGGAAGCGUUUGAUUUGGAUGCGAUAAUGUCGAGAAAUUAGUAAUACUAUGUAUGGUUACAGCUGAGAAUAUUAUUUAUAUUUUACAAAGUUGCAUGUACUCAAAUAUUUGCUGCAGAAUCCAUUGUUUGUGCUUUGCGAAUACAGACGUAUUAUGUUAUAUUUUGGCUAAUGUUUGGUUUUAUACCAUUCAUGAUAUCGGUUCAUGAGUUGAUAAGCCCUACAUUCUGGGUAUUUAUGUUACCAAGCUUUUAUACUAACCAUUUGCAAUUUUUACUCUCUUGAAUGAGAAACAAACGCACUGCUUUGUCAAGACAAUUGAGCAAAAAAACAAAAAGAUUCUUAUAACAAUGGAUAGGUAUAAGCAAAUUAUUUUAUCAUUUUAUCAUGAUAUGUGAUCAUUGUAUGAAAAUGUGCAUCUGUUAUAUAUUCAUGGAUAAUGACUCAUGUUGCAUGGUUGAAUCUUCAUUCUUCACCUGGUCUCUCAAUAUGCAGAGAGAGAAUGCUCAUGUAAAAUAUAUGUAGGUUCAGAGGUGCCUUGGGGAACAUUGGAUGUGUAGCUGGCUGUUAGUGAUAUAUUUCUUUGAACGCUGUACAAAGUGAAGAUUUAGUUACAAAUGAAGUAUAUCAGCAGAGUUUUUGCUGAUUCAGUCUGACUGCAUGAUUAUGAUUAAGACAUAACUGGGGUCUGUGGUAAAGUUACAGUUUUUUUCUUUAGCUUUGACAAGGAAGCGAGGAAAGUUUACCUGUGAUUGAAAUGACACUUUUUGUAUUGACUAUUAGGGUACUCUGUGAUGGCUGUACAAAGUUAAUCUAUUUAUUUCCACGUUGUAAUGUAUUGUUUGCACACGCCUGUUACUUGUUUAAGGGCAAAAAUACAUUUCCAAUAAAGAAAAUUUACAUAAAAA